UCACCGCAGUCUUCCACUUGCCUUCUGUUCAGGACACACCGGCACACCGAGAGCACGCACACCGGGAGCUGCACAAUGGAUGUCAUAGGGGCUUCAUCCCGCAGAAGAGUGCUCGAGACACGGGGCAUCCGCGCCUCCCCAUCUGCCAGCCUCAGGUCGCACUCCUGGUCUCAGAGAGCCCCCGGCUCCACGUCCAUGUCCUACAAAAGAACCACCAACGUGCCAGCAAGCAGGGCAUACACGAGCGCGUCCGCAGCAGUGUUAGCCACGCCAGGCAGCCUAGAGCUCUCAUCCGCGGCCAAUGCCGACCAUGCGCGCAACAACGAGAAGGAACAGCUUCAAGGGCUGAAUGACCGAUUCGCCAGUUAUAUCGAUAAAGUCCGUUAUCUGGAAGAGCAGAAUAAACUGCUGGAGACUGAAAUUCAAGAACUCCGGCAGAGGAAGUUCACGCAGUCACAAUAUAGUGAUGCAUUCGACCAAGAGCUGAGCGAACUCCGUUCCACGCUAGAGCAGCUGCACAGAGAGAAGGUUCAGAUCAUUGUUGAUGCAGAUAACAUCGAGGAAGACAUUCACCGUCUGAAAAAUCGCUAUGAGGAUGAAGCACGCCUUAGAGAAAAAACGGAGAUUGCAAUCCGGGAACUGAAGAAGGAAAAAGACGACUCGGUUCUGAUUAAAUCGGACCUGGAGAAAAAAGUUCAGUCUCUCUUGGAUGAAGCAGACUUCCUGCGCAGUAACCACGCAGUGGAGGUCAGCGAACUUCUUGCUCAGCUCCAGGAGGCGCAGGUGCCUGUGGAUAUGAGGGAGUUCAGUAAAACGGACAUCACCUCCGCGCUCCGGGAAAUCCGCGCGCAACUGGACGGCUUCUCCUCACAAAACCUGCAUCAAGCGGAGGAGGUGUUCCAGUGCCGCUAUGCCAAACUUUCGGACGCAGCAGAUCAGAACAAGGACGCGAUCAAAUCUGUUCGGGAUGAGAUUGCAGAUUAUCGCCGGCAGUUGCAGGUGAAGAAUGUCGAACUGGAGGCUCUCCAUGGCACGAAGGACUCCCUGGACAGACAGCUGAAUGACACUGAAGACCGGCAUAGCAACGACCUAGGCAGCUACCAGGAGAUGAUCCAUCAGCUGGACAGCGAGCUGAAGGGAAUGAAGAGGGAGAUGUCUCACCACCUCAGGGAAUACCAGGAUCUGCUCAAUGUCAAGAUGGCUCUGGAUGCUGAGAUCGCUGCCUACAGGAAUCUUCUGGAGGGUGAAGAGACUCGCUUUAGGGGUUUUGUUGAUUCCUACCCAAGUCCCGCCUUCCCAUACCGCCAGCCAAUGACCUCCAAAGCAAAGAAAGAGGACAAACAGGCAGACCUGAACGAGGACCUGGCCGCCGUAACAGAGGAGCUUCAGGCAGAGGGGGGUGAGGAAGAGGAGGGGGAUGAGGAAGAGCAGGAGGCUGUGGAAGAAGAGGUGGCUGCCUCCAAGCAGCCUAAAGUGAGUGCUACACCCCCUACAGGAGAGGAGGAGGAUGGUGAUGAGGAGGAGGCAGAGGAGGAAGAGUCAGAGAUUGAGGAAACAGAACUGACCAGUUCCAAAGCCCAUAAGACUGAGACUGAACAACAGGAAGGAGAGGAGAAGCAGGAAGAAGAGGGGGAGAUGAAGAGUGAUUCAGAAGGAGAGGAGAAGAAGAGUGAUACAGAGAAAAAGGAGAAGAAGAGUGAUACAGAGAAAGAGGAGAAGAAGAGUGAUUCAGAAGGAGAGGAGAAGAAGAGUGAUACAGAGAAAGAGGAGAAGAAGAGUGAUUCAGAAAGAGAGGAGAAGAAGAGUGAUGUAGAGAAAGAGGAAAGGAAGAGUGAUUCAGAAGGAGAGGAAAAGAAGAGAGAUACAGAGAAAAAGGAGAAGAAGAGUGAUUCAGAAGGAGAGGAGAAGAAGAGUGAUACAGAGAAAGAGGAGAAGAAGAGUGAUUCAGAAAGAGAGGAGAAGAAGAGUGAUGUAAAGAAAGAGGAGAAGAAGACAGACGCUGAGCAGAAGAAGGAGGAGAAGGAGAAGGAGGAGGAGGCAGCUGUCACUAACGGAGAACAGAAGAGUCCCACCCAGACAGCUGGAAGCCCAAAGGAGGAGGUGGUUCUGACCCAAACCGUAGAGACCAUCACCAACGGAGAGAAGGUCGCCUCCAAGCCUGCCAAGAGCAAAGCAGCCGUUGAGGUCAAAGAGGCAAAACCCACCCCCAAGGAAGCAGCCAAGACAUCUGCCCCAGCCUCUACUGCCCCAGCCUCUAAAGAGGUGAAAGAGAAGUAA